GGGAAAAUGAAGUUUUUGUGAAGGACAAGAAGAACCGUGGUGAUGAGGAGACGGCUGUGCUAGUGAGGGGCCACGGCAGGAUGAUGGAGGAGGGGGAAGCAGCCACAGGAGGAUAUGAAGAUGUCCUUGGGCAGAGGCACUCCGAUGUCUCCACUGAUCUGUACAGCUCACAGUUCGAAAACAUCCUAGACAAUGCAUCUUUGUACUACAGCGCUGAGUCGCUGGAGACGUUGUACUCAGAGCCCGAUAGCUACUUCAGCUUUGAAAUGCCACUCACUCCCAUGAUCCAGCAGCGCAUGAAGGAGGGCGGCCAGUUUUUAGAUCGGACAUCAGCCUUGGGGCAGCCAGAUGUCCUGCAGCUUCCCCCUGACGGGGAAGUGAAGGGCUGUGGUGAAGGCAUCGCCAAUGGCUUAAGGGAUGUAAGCGAAACACUCUUCAGAGGAGACGUUACAGAAGUCCCUCGUUUGGAAAGCAAUGCUGAACUGCAGAAUAUAGUGUUAAACUCCAACGCUGCCAUGGGUAGCAACGAACUUCAGGAGAAGGAUGCCACCGGAGCCCUUGGCCACGAUCUCAGCAAUGGCAGCAGCAGCAAUUUGGAAGCAGCCAGGCGCCUGGCUAAGCGCCUCUACCAUCUGGACAGAUUCAAACGCUCCGAUGUCGCAAAGCAUUUGGGUAAAAACAAUGAAUUCAGCAAGCUUGUGGCCGAAGAAUACCUUAAGUUUUUUGACUUCACAGGCAUGACGUUGGACUACUCGCUCAGGAGUUUCUUUAAAGCCUUUUCACUUAUCGGAGAAACUCAGGAACGAGAGAGAGUUUUAAUCCACUUCUCCAGCAGAUACUACCAGUGCAACCCAAACACCAUUUCUUCUCAAGAUGGAGUUCACUGUCUCACGUGUGCCAUGAUGCUGCUGAACACAGACCUGCAUGGCCACAACAUUGGGAAAAAGAUGACCUGCCAAGAGUUCAUUGCUAACCUCCAGGGGAUGAACGAUGGCAAAGACUUCCCGAAAGGGCUCUUGAAGGCCCUCUACAAUUCAAUCAAGAAUGAGAAGCUGGAAUGGGCAGUGGAUGAAGAAGAGAAAAAAAAGUCUCACUCGGAUGGUACAGAUGAAAAGGAUAAUGGGAGCCAGACGAGGGCUGUCAGUCGAAUUGGCAACUCAAAUAACCCAUUCCUGGACAUCCCUCAUGACCCCAAUGCUGCUGUGUAUAAAACUGGAUUUCUGGCUCGGAAAAUCCAUGCGGAUAUGGACGGAAAGAAAACUCCCCGGGGAAAGCGAGGCUGGAAAACCUUUUAUGCUGUGCUGAAGGGAACGGUCCUGUACUUGCAGAAGGAUGAAUAUAAGCCAGAAAAGGCUUUGUCGGAGGAAGAUCUGAAGAAUGCUGUUAGUGUGCAUCAUGCUCUGGCAUCCAAGGCAACAGACUAUGAGAAGAAACCCAACGUCCUCAAGCUUAAAACAGCAGAUUGGAGGGUCCUGCUUUUCCAAGCCCAGAGUCAAGAAGAAAUGCAGACCUGGAUCAACAAGAUUAACUGUGUGGCUGCUGUCUUCUCUGCACCGCCAUUUCCAGCAGCAAUUGGCUCUCAGAAGAAGUUCAGUCGCCCACUCCUGCCAGCCACCACAACGAAGCUAUCUCAGGAUGAACAGCUGAAGUCCCAUGAAGCUAAGCUGAAGCAGAUCUCCACUGAGCUUGCCGAACAUCGCUCCUAUCCUCCUGACAAGAAGCUCAAAGGCAAGGAAGUAGAUGAUUACAAACUGAAAGACCACUAUCUGGAGUUUGAGAAAAAUCGCUAUGAGAUUUACGUUGGCCUCCUGAAAGAAGGGGUGAAGGAGCUGCUGAGCGGAGGAGAGAACGAUGCGCCCGGACUGAAGAAAUCCCACUCGAGUCCCUCAUUGAAUCAGGAGUCUCCAGUUAGUGCCAAGGUGAAACGCAAUGUCUCGGAGAGAAAGGACUACAGGCCAGAAACACCCAGCAUUAAGCAGAAGGUCACUUAG